UUGCCAUUCGUUUGCAUGUCUUUCUCCCAUAGUAAUCCUCACUGUGCUAGACAUUUGCAUUGAGGGGGCCGGUUUUAUUUUCCCUGGCUGUAUAAUAUCUUGGCACUGUGAACAGAACAUGCAAAUCCAGGACUGGUGUCCCUGCAAACCGGGGAAGAGCAGUUAAACAGAUUCAACCUUGCGGAGAAGAGUCACGGAGAACGCCUUUCUGAAGAGAGAACGCAGGCUGCCAAAGCUAUGAAGAGCGUGGGGUGGAAGAUAAAGAUGGAUAACCAGCUUUACUGCCUCCUCAGCCUGGUCCUAUGUGUGCUCCCCAGUGCCAGUGCUCUGCGGACGUACCAUUUGGGAUAUUCACAGGUAGACUGGGACACAGCACAGGCAUACUGCAGUAGAAACUACAUCGGCAUGGCCACUGUUGGCACCACAGAGGACGCAGUUGAGAUCGUCAAGAUUGCAAAGAACACGAACAGUUCUGUUUGGCUGGGGAUGAAGACGGAUGCUGAUGGAAAUGUGUUUUGUUUAAAUGGGGAUAGUCUGACCCCCGGGAUGAUGCCUAGUGGAACCCCAAACAAUGUUCAAUGCGUCUGUGUCAAACCAGAGAAGGCAACUUGGGAGCUGGGUGGUUGCAUGGACGCUCGUUAUCCUCUCUGCUACACUGAAGACCAAUCUGAUCCAGUAGCACCAACGACAGCCCAGACGGACACUUCUUCAGGAAGUGUAUUGAGGCUGGCGGAUGGAGGGAACCCCUGUGCUGGGAGAGUGGAGGUUUAUCAUAAUGGACAGUGGAAGCCAGUUACUGAUUACAACUGGAAUAUAAAUAAUGCAGCAGUUGUGUGUAAUCAGCUGGGCUGUGGCUCUGCUCUAGCAGCACUACGUGGAAGUCACUUUGGACACAGUAGUGAAUAUACCUGGCAGAAUGUGUUUUAUUGCGGUGGCUCUGAGUCUUCUCUAUUGGACUGUCAUCAAUAUGAAUACCAGAGCACCUCGUAUAACUACAGGCAAGCUGGAGUGAUGUGCACAGGCAGUGAAGAUGUGAGGCUGGUGAAUGGAGGGACCUGCUCUGGGACAGUGGAGGUGUUUCGUGAAGGACAGUGGGGGAUAGUUUGUGAUGAAGGAUGGGAUAUGGUCGAUGCUGGAGUCGUGUGCCAACAGCUGGGCUGUGGAUCGGCUUUAGAAGCACCAGGUAGUAAUUACUUUGAUGCUGGUUCCGGACCUGUCUGGCUGACAGGGGGCUCCUGUAGCGGAGGGGAGUCUGCCCUGCGGGAUUGUGGGUCAGGCAGAUGGGACAAACAGAGCUGCGCGAGCAGAGCAAGUGCUGGAGUGAACUGCACAGGCAGUGAAGAUGUGAGGCUGGUGAAUGGAGAUACCUGCUCUGGGAGAUUGGAGGUGUUCCAUGAAGGACAGUGGGGGACAGUUUGUAGUUAUAACUGGCAAAUAAGCUAUGCAUCAGUAGCAUGUAAACAGCUGGGCUGUGGCUCUGCUAAAUCAUUUUCAUCUGCAUUUGGACAUGGCACCGGACCCAUCUGGCUCUCUUACAUUUCCUGCACUGGUUCUGAGACUGCGCUGCAGGACUGUACCAUAAACAAGUGGGGGGAGCAAGGCUGCUCUCACAGCAAUGAUAUGGGGGUGAUCUGUUCAGGGCCACCGGUAGUAUCAACCACCCCAUCAACCACUCCCUCAACCACCCCAUCAACCACUCCCUCAACCACCCCAUCAACCACUCCCUCAACCACCCCAUCAACCACCCCGUCAACAACAUCAGAAGAUCCAGCCACCUCCAAUAUGAUGUCUACUGCAGAUCUGCAGUCUAAUUCCCCAAGCACUUCAGCAAUGAGCACAAUUCUCCCCCCUGCCUCUACCACAGAAGAGCCAGAUGCAGGUGAUCUGAGGCUGGUGAAUGGAGACAGUCCCUGUUCUGGGACGGUGGAGGUUCAUCAUGAGGGACAGUGGGGGACAGUUUGUAGUGAUUACUGGAGUAUACAGGACGCUGCAGUGGUGUGUAAACAGUUGGGCUGCGGGACCGCUCUAUCGGCACCGCGCUGGGCUCGCUUUGGAGCUGGUUCCGGGCCCAUCUGGUUGUCCUGGCUUAACUGCAGCGGCUCUGAGCCGGCCUUGUGGGAUUGUGAAUCAGAUGGGUGGGGUGUGGUGCACGGCUGUGAUCACAAUGCUGACGCGGGAGUGAUCUGUUCAGGAAACAUCACUGUCAGCAAACAGUUUGUGUUCCUCAAUCAGGAGAAGAGUUGGAGAGAGGCUCUGAAGUACUGCCGCACUCACCACACUGAACUGGCCAGCCUGUCCACCGAGACUGACUACAGCAUGCUGACUGAGCUCCUGCAGAAACAAGAGAAUGAUACUGAAGGGGAGAGGGGUGUGUGGCUGGGUUUGAAGAAUCACAUGAUCUGGCAAUACUGGUACUGGGCAGACGAUCGGGUGAUGGGUAACAGCCACUGGGCUGAGGGGCAGCCCAGCAACCCGGGUGAUGAGCUUUGCGGGGCAGUUUACCUGGGAAAGGGGGGGAAUUACACCUGGUAUGACGAGUGCUGUGAUUUUGAAAUGAGAUUCGUCUGUUACGAGUUCACUGAAGUUCCAUAAUUAAUGGGAACAUGCUUAGCCAAUAAGGGUCACUCCAAUCAUUAACAUUGCAAAAACCUUUUGUACAACCGGCAUCCUUCAGUUCAGUUCAAAGUUCAAUUUAAUUUAAAAAUAAAGGAAGCGAAUUGACAGAAAUCGAAUAUUACAAGAUUGCAAAGUCUUCUCUUAGAUAACAAGCUCAUCCCUUCAGCAUUAACACUCUGAUAGAAGAAAGUAUCAAUGCUUUUUACUUGCGUCCCACCCCUGUAUAUUCACUACGGGGGUCCAUUUGAAUGAUCUCAACAGUGCAGGCUCCUAGUCCUCUUGAAGUUAUGUUCCAUGCUGGUGAUUUCCCCAGAGUUUAUUUAUUGACCUGCUUGUUAAUGUUACCGUAUACAACAACAGUACAGUGGAAUAUACUCAGCAUGAAAUCAUCUGUAUAUAUUUUAUGAUGGCGGUAUUAAAUCCUCCACUUUUUAGCUCAUUAAAAACAUACUCCUAUAGCUCAGAUUCAGCUUUUGAUUUCUCAUGUUCCCCUAGUUAAGGGGUUCCCAGUCCUGGUCCGGGGGGACCCCCUGUGUCUGCUGGUUUUAUAUUCCAACUGAGCUCUCCAUUACUUAAUGAAACCCUUAAUUGAACUAUUCAUUAGCGUAAUUAGACCUUUUUUAUUUUUCUCAGCUUUUAAA